AUGACAGCGACGCACCCUCUCGUGAGCGCAUCCGAGCAGGAUGUCCUCGACCCCAUCGCCAUAGUCGGCCUGGCCCUUCAGUUUCCAGGAGGAGCCACAGACCUGGAUAGCUUCUGGGACAUGCUCAUCCAGGGCCGAUGUGUAUCACAAAGCCCUCCUCCUGAGCGCAUCAAUCCGCAAAAUGUGGACAUUCCCCUCCCUCCCUCGGCGAUUCCGGUACGACAGGCGCACUUUCUAGCAGACGAUGUCAUGGCGUUUGAUGCGCCAUUCUUCUCGAUGUCCGUGACAGAAGCAGCCUCAAUGGAUCCGCAACAGCGCAUACUCCUGGAGACAACCUAUAGAGCCUUGGAAAACGCUGGGAUCUCGAUCGCGCAGGUCCACGGGUCCAAUACCUCCGUCUACGUCGGCUGUUUCACCGACGACUUCAAGACGUUAUAUGAGAAAGACAUCCGCGACCAAGCCGCAUACGCAGCGACGGGUAUCACGACGACUCUGAACGCCAACAGAGUUAGUUGGUUUUUCAAUUUGCUAGGGCCCAGUGUCAACGUUGACACGGCUUGUUCUAGCAGUCUGGUUGCGUUGGAUCACGCGUGCCAGAGCAUCUGGUCUGGAGCCAGUAAUAUGAGUCUCGUGGGCGGCGUGAACCUGCUCCUCGCGCCCGACCUCUUCCACAUCCUUUCUGGCAUGAACAUGCUUUCUCCCGAAGGUCGAUGCCGGAGCUUCGAUGCCCGUGGGAACGGAUACGGCCGCGGCGAAGGGGCGGGCGUUCUGGUCGUCAAGCGACUCCGAGACGCCAUACGCGACGGGGAUACCGUCCGAGCCGUCAUUCGGUCCACAGCAUCCAAUCAAGACGGAUAUACGAACGGAGUCACGCAGCCCAGCCGGAGCGCGCAGGAGCGUCUGGUCAACCAGUGUUAUGAACGGGCUGGGCUGGAUAAGUCGCGCACAGCGUAUGUGGAGGCGCACGGCACUGGCACUCCCGUCGGUGAUCCGAUCGAAGCGACUGCGCUGGGGGCGGCGUUCUGUCGGGGUCGAGAUAGGGAGGAUGGGCCCCUUUAUGUAGGAUCUGUCAAGGCGAAUAUCGGACAUUUAGAAGGAGCAAGUGGAAUAGCGGGGGUGAUUAAAGCGGUUGCAAUGCUUGAAAAAGGCAUAAUUCCCCCGGUGGCCGAUCUCCGAGUGGUCAACCCGCAGAUUGACGAGAAAUAUCUGGGAAUAAAAUUCCCCCAGACAGUCCUACCGUGGCCGAAAAGCGGCCUGCGGCGUAUAUCGGUGAAUUCGUUUGGGUUCGGAGGGUCGAAUGCCCAUGCUAUAUUCGAUGAUGCCUAUCACUUCCUGUUGGAGCGGAGUCUUGACGGGAUCGUACCCGUUCGAGACCAAAUCUGCCGCCAGUCAAACGGCUACCAUCCUUCUCCCAGCCUCUGCCUGCUUCCCUUUCCUGCCGCCAGCAGUAUCGCGGUCCAUCGCGUUGCUGAAUCAUAUAGUCGUUUCGUCCAGCAAAUCCCUGGCGAUGAUCAGUCGCAGAGUGAAUUACUCAGAAGACUGGCUUAUACCCUUGUACAGAAGCGGAGUCUUCUCUCGUGGCGAGGAUUUAGUGUCAUUGAUCCUCAUACCAAUCUCCGUGAGCUCGAAUUCCGUGUUUCCGCGCCACUGAAGGCAUCGGUGAAGCCGAAAUUGGCAUUUGCGUUCACCGGACAAGGAGCACAGUGGCCUGGGAUGGGCAUAGAGCUUCUGCAGUAUAAUGUAUUUCGGGACAGCCUGCGACAGGCAGAGGUCUAUCUACGAUCUUUUGGGUGCGAAUGGAACCUAAUAGACAAACUUUUAAACAUAUCAAACAGCCAGAUCGAAGAGCCCCAGUUCAGCCAGACCCUCUGCACAGCCCUUCAAGUUGCCCUGGUGGACCUUCUCGUGUAUUUCAACAUUCGUCCAGACGCUGUUAUUGGGCACUCGUCUGGAGAGAUCGCAGCAGCGUACUGCUGCGGCGCUAUAUCGCGAACUUCGGCUUGGAAGAUUGCCUACCUGCGUGGGAUUCACACAUCGAAUUUGUAUAAAGGCAGUUCGAUGGAGCGUGGGUCAAUGAUGGCUGUCGGGCUCUCGUCAGAAGAGACUUCGAAGUUUCUAAAGGAACAGACCCAAGUCUCCGGCUCGGUCUGCAUCUCCUGCUACAAUAGUCCUUCCAGUGUGACUGUUUCCGGGGACGAUAAGGCCAUAGACUUACUCAAGGUCGCCUUCGACAGAGCUGGCGUCUUUGCCCGCAAACUCAGGGCCACUGCGGCGUAUCAUUCCUCGCACAUGAAUCUGGUAUCCAGUGACUAUUUCCAUGCGCUGGGACGGCUGGAACCAGGGGACCCCUCCCUCCAUGGUCCCGUUAUGUUCUCGACCGUCUCGGAAAACCGAUUGCAAUACGAGAGCCUGCAAAAUCCGGCCUACUGGGUUGAGAAUAUGGUCCAGCCAGUCCGGUUCUCACAGGCCUUUGAGCGACUGUGCGCAAAACGAGUUGUAAAGAAGAUUGACAGGAGCCAUUGCGGACUGAUGAAGAUUGACACCUGUUUGGAAGUUGGCCCGCACGGUGCACUUCGCGGACCCAUCCGUGAUAUUGUCACGUCAAAAGAAGCCAACAUGGAGUAUGCCUCCGCGCUUGAACGUGGCUCUUCGGGGGUACAGUCGAUAAUGCAGGCGAUGGGACGCCUUUGGUGUCUUGGACAUUCGCCUCAUCUUUCCCGACUGAAUGGAGAGUCCGGUGAUGUCCUUCCGCUCUCCGAUCUCCCUCCGUAUCCUUUCGAUCAUUCAGAAAGCUACUUCCACGACAGUCGAAUCUCCAAGUCUCAUCGCCUGCAAGAGCGCCACAAAACCCGUCUUUUGGGAGAUCGUGCCGUGGAUUGGAACCCCUUUGAGCCACAAUGGCGCGGCUUUCUGAGCAUGGCUGAUCAUCCUUGGAUCGAACAUCAUAAGAUCAACAAUUCUGCCCUUUUCCCAGCUGCUAGCAUGCUUUCAAUGGCUAUUGAGGCUGCAGCCCAAGUUACUUCCGCCCAGGGGGCUAUCUGUGGCUAUGAGCUCAGGGAUAUCAGAUUCCACGCGGCAAUGACAGUCCCAGAGGAUCAGAGUGUCGAAACACAAUUGUUCUUGCAUUUUGACAGCAACACCACUGCGCGGGAUCGAUCCUGGGCGAGCUUUCGUCUCUGCGCAUACCUCCGCAACAACUGGGAAAACAUCUGCACUGGGCGCGUUCGCGCGGAGCAUAUGUCCGAGGCAUCCGAAGUCGACAACGGACAAGGGACCGCAGAUCUCCUCCGCGAGCUUCAGCAGGAUAUUGAUUCUGUGACGAACACUGGUUCAGCUGCUUCGGUGGACUCCCUUUACGAAUGCCUGCGAAACUGCGGGAUGGACUACGGGUCACUCUUCAGAAACAUCCAAAGUGUCCAUGUUUUAGGAAACCAGUCAGCUGGCCGUGUAUUUCAUUGCGAAUGGCCGUCAGGAGCAGACGAGAAAAGCCCUCAAGGUAGAGUCGCCUUUUCCGGAAUGCUCGAUUCGCUCCUUCAGCUGGCACUGGUGACCUACACCGAAGGAGGGAAAGCUGUGAAACCGACCCUAGUCCCAUCGCAGAUUAGAAAAGCAUGGAUCUCAAACUAUGGUGAGGGCUGGGCGGAAGAAGAUUCUGUCAGUGCCAUAUCAAAGAUAACAUCGCAGACGGAUCACGGCACAGAAUGCGAGAUCACCGCGUUGAGCAACGAUGGGUCCAGGGUGUUUGCCCAGCUAGAAGGCGCCAAGAUGACUGUUGUCGAUGCGAUUUCAGGUCCCUCCGGCUCUGCCACCAGAGAUAUUCCGCUGUGCUGGAAUCCGGUUUGGUUGCCUGAUGUGGACCUUAUGGAUGCCAAAGCGUUAUCGAGAUACUGCGAGGCAGGUCUGCUCGAAGAUGACGGGCCAAUUGGGCUUCACCGGCAACUAAUCGCUCUCCAGCUGGACUGUUUAGAGUUUAACCUGGUGCAAUUUGGAAAGUCAUCGGCUUUAAAGCUUCCUUCUCAUCUGUCGCACUAUAUUACAUGGGCAGAAGAGUGUCUCAAGAAACAUGGCCGGAACGUGUCUUUCUGUCGGGAUCAUGAAGUCGGCUACGAGGCACGAAUAGAAGAACAGGCGAGCUACUUGGAACAUUCCAGCGCUCAAGGCAAGGUCCAUGCCGCGGUCGCCCGCAACAUGAAGGGAAUCCUGCUCUCAGAAACGGAUCCCCUGGAUUUGCUGUUCAGCAGUUCCUUGCUUGAAGACCUCUACACCGAGCAUAGCAAAGUGCCGGGCUGUUUCGGACCAUUGCAGAAGUAUCUCCAGUUGUUCUCGCAUAAGCAUCCCAACGCCGAGUAUCUUGAGAUAGGGGCAGGAACAGGAGGAACCACCAUGCCGAUCCUCACGUCUUUGAGCCGCGAGGGCAUCUCACAGUCCACGUAUGCACUGUACCAGCAGUACACUUUCACCGACAUCUCCGAAGCAUUCUUCGCACCAGCCAAGGACAGAUUCAGCGAUUUUCCACGCCUGGGCUUCCAGCGCUUGAAUAUUGAACGGUCCGGCGCAGCCCAGGGCUUUUCUCCAGAAUCCUACGACGUAAUCAUAGCAGCGAAUGUUCUCCAUGCCACGCAAGACCUGUCCACAACACUGGGCAAUGUCCACGCGAUGCUACGCCCGGGUGGUAAGCUCAUCCUGCAUGAAGUAGUAGAGCCAUCAUUAGGGAUCACUGCCUUUGUCAUGGGGCUUCUUCCUGGCUGGUGGUUGAGCAGCGAAUCGUUCCGCCCACAAGGGCCCUGCAUUGACGUCGACUGCUGGAAUCGAAUCCUUCGAGAGAAUGGCUUUUCGGGUGUUGACCAGGAAUUUCGUGAUUACCGUGACAAGCAAUGCCAUGAACUUAGUGUUCUGGUCAGCACCAAGGUCCAGCAUCCCGGGACCCUUUCUGGGGACUUCACCGGUAUCGAUAUCAUCACGGACCGGGGCGGUUCCGGAGAGACCGUACUGGCUGGUUCCUUGCAGCGGGUCCUGCUCGAUGCAGGCGGCCUGGAUUGCAAGCGUGCUAAUCUCCGUGAGCUUCGUGCAACGCACAUCGACCUGGAAUCCACCGCCAUCAUUAUCGACAACCCGGAUCGGUCUUUGCUUCUCAAUCUAGACGGCCCUGGUCUGCAGUUUCUUCAGCACCAGGUCCGGUUAUACAAAAAGAUUAUCUGGAUCUCCCGGCCUGCUGAUGAUGGCUCUGGUCAUCCGUCCUUUGGGAUGGUUAGUGGUCUUGUUCGAUCAUGGCAAACCGAGGUCGAGGAUAGCAAGGUCCUGAGAAUCGGAUUAGCUGCAUAUCAAGACCCUCCCGCGGAGCAGUUGCAUGCUGUCAGAGACAUCAUAGUUCGAUUCUGCCGAGGUGAUGACGAAAACUUCGAACUUGAAUACGAAGAACAGGAUGGUCUCAUGAACGUCUGUAGACUCCAGAUGGAUAGUGACUGUCGAAACGCCAUCUCCGACAGUCCGGCAGACGAAAUCCCCCAGCAAGCAACCUGGCAAGCCUCUCCACCUCUCCGGCUCGUCACCGAAACGCCCGGUCUUCUAGAAAGCCUGAUCUUCGUCGAAGAUAGCCUCCACUCCCAGCAUCUCGCCGCCGACGAAGUCGAGAUCGAAGUUCGCAGCAUGGGCCUGAACUUCAAGGACUGCCUGAUUGCGCUGGGCCGCGUACCAGGCCAACAUCUCGGAAACGAAUGCGCUGGGAUUGUCCGGGCCGUCGGAUCAGCGUGUGCAGAACAAUUCCAACCCGGAAACCGAGUGUCCAUGUCCACCACCGAGGCAUUUAAAACCUACGCGCGCAGCAAGGCGCAAUGCGUCUGCCGGAUUCCCUCAAGCAUGAGCUUCGCGGAAGCAGCAUCAAUACCUACGCAGUUUGUCACGGCGUGGACCUGUCUUCACGAUCUUGCGCGGUUGGCCAAGGGCGAGACUGUGCUUAUUCACGCCGGUGCAGGCGGAACUGGCCAGGCCGCCAUCCAAAUCUGUCGGUAUUUAGGAGCCCAGGUCAUCGCGACGGUGGGAUCGAAGCAAAAGAAGGAACUGCUAGUAUCUGAAUAUGGUAUUCCAUAUGAUCAUAUUCUGUAUAGUCGCGAUAGUUCGUUCUCGACCGCGAUCAAACGAAUCACCAAAGGCCGCGGCGUUGAUGUCGUGCUUAAUUCACUGGCGGGUGAUGGCCUCUUUGCCUCGUGGGAGUCUCUGGCGCCAUAUGGACGAUUCAUUGAGAUCGGGAAAACAGACAUCCUAGCGAAUUCCAAUCUGCCUAUGUUCCCAUUUAACAAGGGGGUUACGUUUUCGGCCUUCGACGGCUCAAUGUGGAUGGUUGAACGGCCGCAUGAAGCGCAGAGAAAUAUCCAGAUCAUAAUGGAUCUCUUCGCGGGUGGACAGAUGCAUACUGCGAGGCCUCUGAAUGUCUACAACAUUACAGACGUAAAGAGCGCUAUUUCGACCCUCGCGCAUGGGAAAAGUAGUGGCAAGCAUGUGGUGCAGGUGUCUCCGACGGCUGAAGUGAUGACAAGGAUCCAAAAGCCAACGUAUGCACUUUCCAAUGACGCCACCUAUGUUAUUGCAGGAGGCUUUGGUGGAAUCGGCCGUACUAUCGCAAAGUGGAUGGUUGACAAGGGUGCACGCCACCUUAUCAUUCUGUCUCGUUCAGGCCUUGGGUCUCCAGCAUCGCGAGAACUAGUCGACACUCUGCAGGGCGCUGGAGCUACAGUGCAAGCACCGGCCUGUGAUAUCAGCGACGAGGCCGAGCUUCGUCGUGUGCUGUCUGAUUGCAGCAAAGUGAUGCCUCCAAUUCGAGGAUGCGUACAUGCUUCGAUGGUCUUGCGGGACGUAAUCUUCGACCAAAUGACCCACGCCGAGUGGGCAGCCUCGACCGCGCCCAAAGUGUCCGGGUCCUGGAACCUUCACCAAGGAUUACCCGAAGCGUUGGACUUCUUCAUUCUACUUUCCUCUGUCUCUGGGAUAAUCGGCCACCGCGGCCAAUCCAACUAUGCCGCCGGAAACACCUUCCAAGACGCCCUCGCCCAUCAUCGGAUCUCGAAAGGCCAAAAAGCAGUCAGCAUCAACCUCGGCGCGAUGGUCGACGACGGCUACCUCGCCGAGGCGGAAAACAAGCACAUCAGGGAACGAUUGCUCAGCGCCGGCGCCAUGCAGCCUAUUACCCGACAGGACCUUUUUGCCCUCCUCGAACGCUACUGCAAUCCGUCGCUGAGCAUUCUCGCGCUCGGCGCAUGCCAAGUCGCAUGCGGGAUCAAUACGCCGCGCGAUCUCCAUGUCCGUGGCCUAGACGAGCCGGGUUGGCUCCAGCGGUCCAUGUUCGGGACUCUGUACUGGGCCCCCUCGACAACGACGCCCUCCCCUGCUGAUGGGGACAUGCACGGUCAGGAGAACGUGCGCGACUGUCGACGGGCAUUCCUCGAGGCGGCGAGUUCUUCCGAGGCAGGCCAGGUCGUGACCGAAGCCCUGGUGGCCAAGGUAUCGCGGAGUAUCUCGCAGGUCACGACGGGGGAUUCCGAGGUCGAUGCCAGCCAACCAAUCGUGGCGUGUGGUGUUGACUCUCUUCUUGCGGUUGAUUUGAGAGGGUGGCUUCGCAAGGUGUUUCAGGCCGAUGUUCCUACGUUUGAGAUUCUGGGAGGCACGAGCUUUGUGGCGAUGGGGGCGACUGUUGCGAAUCGGAGCGGGUUGAGACAGGAAGUGAAUGCCAAUUCAGGGAAGAUGAAGCAUUGAUGGGCUUUUGGGUUCUAAGCGUAGAUUGGAUUUUCACAUGGAGAGAUCAUGUCAAUUCACACUGCCCU